GUACAUACGUUUCGUGGAGCAGCCGGUCAUUGUCGAAAAGCUUUGGCUCUCGCGUGACCUGCCCAUGGAUGGGCAUGCAGCUUUCCCAAUUAUUCUCCGAGGCCGUCACAAUGUUGAAGAGUACUGGUCAGUGUAUCUGCGUUAUGUGGAUCUCUUGGAGCAGACGUGGGUCAGCCCAGCCCUGUCGCCCGUGCCGAUCAGUGAGAUCGUAAUUCUCGGCGGGCAGGGCCUGCGAAUCGGGUCAAUGUACCUCUCCGUGCUGGACCGUCACCACGCCGCCAACGCUACGGAUGCCAGUCAGGCACAGGGCUGGCUCAUGGCGCCAGCCCAGAAGAUGCUGUCCCUCCACGACGUCCUGAUUGGGAAGCUCCCAGUUCGGACGCACUCUGCUGUGCUUUCCCUCGGCGACGUCCGCCGUGGCGCCUUACGUCUGCGCCCUGAUCUCUUGGCGGAUCCCACGUCCGUGGCGGCGCUGGAG